AAAUCACACACAGAUAGAGAGAUAUUUUGAUCAAAGAUAACCAAGAAACAACGACGGACGAAAACGCAGCAACCAAGACAGUAUCCGAAGAAAUAACCAAACCACAGAAACUGUCCCUAUUUCUGUCGUCACCGUCAAUUCUCACUCCUCCCUUCCAUCAAUCAAUACAAAAGCUUAGAAAUUAAAAAUAAUUAAAAAACAUAAAAUGGCGAUUUAUUCAGCCACUCGCUGUUGUAUAUCACCUCUGCAUCGCAUUUCACCUUCUCGCUCCAUUCUUCUAACUCCCAAUUGUAAGCCCUUUCUCCUUCGCAACGCUCCUAACCUCAGGCUCGUCUUGGUUCGUUCCCAGUCUUCCGGUUCGGAAGGGUUAGGCUCUCCAAUGAAGCGAGUUAACUCAGAAUCCUCUAACACUUCCAUUGGUUCCUCCUCUGUCAUCGAUUUUCUCACUCUCUGCCACAGACUCAAGACCACAAAGAGGAAAGGAUGGGUUAAUCAUGGGAUAAAAGGUGCUGAAUCAAUAGCUGACCAUAUGUACCGCAUGGCUUUGAUGGCGUUGAUUUCGAAUGAUGUUCCUGGAUUGAGUAGAGAAAGAUGUAUUAAAAUAGCUCUCGUGCAUGAUAUUGCAGAAGCUAUUGUAGGAGAUAUAACACCAUCCGAUGGUGUGCCAAAGGCUGAAAAGAGCCGAAUGGAGCAGGAAGCUUUAAACCAAAUGUGUGAAGUUCUUGGUGGAGGGAUGAGAGCUGACGAGAUCAAAGAACUGUGGGAGGAGUAUGAAAACAAUUCUUCUUUAGAGGCUAAUCUUGUUAAAGAUUUUGACAAGGUUGAAAUGAUUCUACAAGCGCUGGAAUAUGAAAUUGAGCAUGGAAAAGUGUUGGAUGAAUUUUUCAUUUCAACUGCAGGGAAGUUUCAAACUGAAAUAGGUAAAAAUUGGGCAGCAGAAAUCAUUUCAAGAAGAAAAUCUAUAUCAGCAAAAAAUAGGUUGAAUUAAUAUAAUGGCUAACAAGUGGUGCCACGUGGCUCAUUCCAGUUGGUCAGAUUGGAAGAAUGACUUAUUGCCAACAAGUAAACCUGAUUUGGAUCCAGAACUUGGUUCUAGAGUGUUGACAUAAUUUGGGAUGAUUAUAAUUCCUGCCUAAUAGUUUUUUUGCCCUCUUUUUGGAAUGAUAUUUUCUUUACUUCUAUGUUGACGCAUUUGAACUUGAAUUUUCCUUUUUCUUUAUUUUUUUUGUCAACAUUUAAUGUAAAUUAUUAUCAAAUCAAAUAUAAAGGCAAAUGUUGAACUUAUUGCAAUUUUUCUC